UAAUUUUUGUUAUAUAUAAAUAUAGUUCAGUAUUAAAUAACCUUGGUCAAUUGUGAUUUUCAUCAAUAAAAAAUGAAGACAACAGCAAGCAUUUUGAUGGUAUUGCUCUUCGUCAUCGGUUCGCUGGGCAACGAAGCGAGCUGUCCAGCCGAACCGAAUGGUGCUUGCACUAUGAUGUAUGACCCCGUCUGUGGCAACUACAAGGGAAGCUAUCAAACAUUUGGCAACUUAUGCGUUUACUGCAACGCUAUAUAUGAUGCUGGCUUGCUAGAAUCAGAGGAUUUCAGAUCGGGACAAUGCAUAAUGACUGGAUGUCCAUUCGAACCGAAAGGCUGUAACCGAAUGUACGACCCAGUUUGCGGUCUCCUCAAUGGAUCUUACCAUACAUUCAACAACCUGUGCACGUACUGUCAAGCUUUGGGGCAAUCGCACACCUUGGCUCAAUACCACUACACAGAAGGAGAAUGCAACAUGAUCCAGAGACUCAUCAAAAACGGCGAACUUGAAGGAAAGUGAUAUUUCUUCUGUAAUUCGCUGCAAUUGCCAUAUGGGACAAUGCCCGAUUAUGCUGUUUUAAUAAUUCUGUAUUAACCUAGUUGUUAUUUGUUUCCUAUCAUGAUUUCAUCAUUGUCUUAAUAAUUAGUGAGAAAUUAAUUACAAAAUAAAAAUACUAGCCAACUUUUG